UCAGGCGCUAAAUGGGCAUCUUUAUUCAUGGGUCCUGCGGGGCCGAGGUCAACAGGGUGUCUAUGCAGUAUCUCCUCCAUAUCGUCCUUACACCGGCUGGGUCCAACCUUUGCUAAUUUCACCGUGGUAGACCGAACAACUCUAAUUCUCGACAUAAUGGCAGUUCCCCCAGCAUAUGCAGACUUGGGAAAAUCAGCAAAGGAUAUCUUCAAUAAAGGAUAUGGGUUUGGAAUGGUUAAGCUUGAUGUGAAGACCAAGUCUUCAAAUGGAGUGGAAUUUAAAACAUCUGGCUCAUCAAACGUAGACACCAGCAAGGUCACUGGCACCCUGGAAACCAAGUAUAAGCUGGCCGAGUAUGGGCUGACCUUCACAGAGAAGUGGACCACAGAAAACACUCUGGGGACAGAAGUCUGUGUUGAGGAUAAGAUCACCAAGGGACUGAAACUUCAGUUUGAAACUACGUUUUCACCCAACACGGGGAAGAAGAGCGGUAAAGUCAAGACGGCAUAUAAAAGGGAAUACCUUAACGCUGGAGUCGAUGUGGAUUUAGACUUUGCCGGUCCUACUAUCCACGGAGCAGUGGUGGCCGGAUACGAGGGAUGGCUCGCUGGCUACCAGAUGACCUUUGACUCGGCCAAAUCUAGGAUGACUCGGAGUAACUUCGCUGUUGGAUACAAGACUGGGGACUUCCAGCUUCACACCGUUGUAAAUGAUGGUUCAGAGUUUGGUGGAUCCAUAUAUCAGAAGGUAAACAACGACUUGGAGACAGCUGUGGAUCUCGCCUGGACCGCUGGCAACAACGGCACUCGCUUCGGAAUCGCUGCCAAAUACCAGUUAGACUCCAGUGCCUCCAUAUCAGCUAAGGUGAAUAAUUCCAGCUUGGUAGGAAUUGGAUACACCCAGAGUCUGCGGCCCGGUAUGAAGCUAACCCUCUCGGCAUUAGUGGAUGGGAAGAACAUCAACGCUGGUGGUCACAAGCUCGGUCUAGGCCUGGAACUGGAGGCGUAAAGAUCCGUUCCAGCGUUUUAUAAAAAUAUCAGCAGAGUCUGUGCACUUAGCGACAGAUAUUUUAAAGACGAGGCCAAACAAAGUAGAAUCCCAAUCUACAGGCACAGACGAGAUGGAAAGAAACAUUUCCACCAACCUCCUGUCAUUGUGAUUCAGCCACAUGUAUUCAUUUAUCGGGUACUCACCCAAUUAAUCCUCCAUAACGACUGGAAAAUGCCCCGACUUCUAUAGUUCGACAGUCCAAGAGCGGUUUGGGAAACUUAAUACUCUGCUGAAAUGUGAUGUAGAAUGUACAACCAAUGUUUUUUUGCACAGUAGACUAACUUUUAUUUAAGCUCUUAAUCAUAUUUGCAUAUUUUGGUGAUAUUCUGGUAGUGUUAUACUGCCUGGUGGGAGUUGUUGCUCCUCACUUAUAUUUCCAAUAGAGCCCUUUUUUGUGCUUAUAUCGCAGUUUUUAGACACCUUUGCCGAGUUCUCUAAUUGCUCAGCAGUGCUAAAUACGCUUUCCUCAUUGUGAAUUGAAUAAAAACCAUAUGCAACAACCACUUCUCUUCCCGAUUAGAGACUCUACUCAAGGAACAGUCUGUAUAUGUUGGCGUGUGUCUACCUUGAAAAUAAAGUCCUGAAAUCAG